CUCUCUCCCGCUCUCUCUCUCUCUCUCUCUCUCUCCUCCGAGCUCACUUCUGUUAAAACACCACUCCCUCUCUCUCUCUCUCUCCCUCUAUCUCUCAAAAGAGUCAUUGCUUUAGCUUCCCCCUUCUGCAUUGCCGUUUUCCGAACUUUCUCUCUCCACAAGGACUUUGUUCCUUCUUUCUACAUCUUCUUCUUCUUUUUCACAUCUCUCUUGCUUGUCGACUCCAAGUUUUCUGUGCAUUGACUGUUCUGGUGAUCCAUCUUAGUAAGAGAUUGGUGCUCGAAACCAUACAUGUGAGAAUUUUUUUUGUAUAAAUUUUCUCCAUUGUUAACUGAAGACUUGAUGUCCUGAUGGAUCACAAAACUUGGCUUUGGAAGAAAAAAUCUACUGAAAAGACCAUAGUUGCUGCCGAUAAAGUAAAUCUUUCUCAUAAUGGAAACGAAGAGGAGAAAACUCAGAAUGAUAAAACAGAGUUAGAGAGAGAUUUGAAACUUUUAAAUGAAAAGCUCUCUUCUUCCCUUGCCGAGUGCAAUGCUAAAGAUAAUCUUGUGGAAAAACAUUCAAGAAUGGCACAGGAAGCGCUUGAUGGUUGGGAGAAGGCAGAAGCAGAAGCAAUGUCAUUGAGGCAAGAAUUGGAUGAAGUUUUACAGCAGAGAAUAGUUGGCGAAGAAAGAUUAACUCAAUUGGAUAUGGCCCUGAAGGAAUGUAUGCAGCAGUUACGUUUUGUUCGAGAAGAGCAGGAGCAAAGGAUUCACGAUGCUGUGAUGAAGACAUCGAGAGAAUUUGAAAAGGCAAAUAUUUUUUUAGAGGAAAAGUUAGUCGACACCAAUAAAAGGCUCUCCAAAUUAGAUGCGGAGAAUACUCAGCUCAGUAGGGCUCUCUUAGCAAAGGAAAAGUUGAUUGAAGAUAAAAAUGAACAAAGAACUCGAGCAGAUGCAGACUUUAAUGCCCUAAUGACUAGACUAGAAUCCACAGAGAAAGAUAAUGCUUCUCUAAAAUAUGAGGUUCGAGUGCUCGAGAAGGAGCUUGAGAUCCGGAAUGAGGAGAGAGAAUUUAAUCGUCGAACAGCUGAUGUAUCACACAAACAACACCUAGAGAAUGUGAAGAAAAUUGCAAAAUUGGAGUCAGAAUGUCAGAGGCUACGUGUCCUUGUUCGUAAGCGGUUGCCAGGUCCUGCUGCUCUGGCUAAAAUGAAGAAUGAAGUUGAAAUUCUAGGCAGUGAUCGAGUCGAAACAAGGAGAAAGUUGAGUGCUUCUCGAACUGGUUCAAUGGACUUUGCUAUGGAUAACGCUCUUGAUACACCCAGCAAAAGGUUCAACUAUUUGGCUGAGCAGUUGUGUGCCAUGGGAGAAGAAAAUAGGAGUCUCAAAGAAACUCUUAACAAAAAUACAAAUGAACUCCAGUUUUCUAGAAUCAUACAUGCUCGCAACACUUCCAAAUUAUCACAAGUUGAGGUACAGCUUGAAGACUCAUCAAUAGGCCAGACAGCACAUGAAUUCUCUCUUGCAUCAAUGUCUGACAUGGGCAGUGAUGACAAGGUUAGUUGUGCCGAAUCUUGGGCUUCUACUAUGAUUUCUGAAUUGGAGCAUUUCAGAAAUGGAAAACCAAUGGGGAUGCCAACACGAAAAACUGUUGGAGCUUCAGAGAUAGAUCUGAUGGAUGACUUUGCUGAGAUGGAAAAAUUGGCAACAGUAUCCACAGAUAAGCAAUUUGGAAGUUCCCGUCUUGCUUCAGUUGAAGGAAGUGAAAAUGUUGGUCCCUUACAAAGUCAGUCAAGUGGGGAUUCCUCAGCGGCAGCAGAUGGGAAGAUAGUUGCGGUACCUGAUUCUGGGUUGGGGCUCAGUGUCAUAAACCAGGACAUGCAGUCUGAAAAUAUGUUGAUUGGUAAAUAUCCUGGUUGGCUUCAGGAUAUACUGAAAGUAGCCUUGGAGCAAAAUCGGGUCACACACAGAAAGCCCGAUGAAAUAUUGGAGGAUAUUAAAGUUGCUUGGCGAUAUAUUAAUAACACAAAUUCAAGUGAAUUUGUUGUUGUUGAUGCAAGGGAAAGCUCAAAUCAAUUUAAUGCAUCAAAUCACUCUGAUGUUAGUGGCCAAAUCUCUUGGAAACCUCCAAAUAAAUCUCCAUCGGUGGAUUCAAAUAGUGGAAUUAUUAGUGAUGAGAUCUCAAGGGGAAAGAAGAGCAACCAUCAGGUCCAGUCAAAACUGAGUAGAUCAAUAUGUAAAACAAUUGAGCUUAUUGAAGGAAUCUGUUUAUCGUCGAUGGAUUAUGGUGCCUCAGAAAUCAUUCCUGCAAAGGGUGGUAGUUUUUUCCCAAACAAGAAUUCAGAAACACCUUCUGGCUACAUGGUUCGUGUUUUCCAAUGGAAAACUUCCGAACUCAGUGCUGUUUUGCAACAAUUUAUUCAAACCUGUAAUGAUUUGUUAAUUGGAAAGACUGAUGUAGAAAAAUUUGUUGAAGAAUUAACCUCUACUUUGGAUUGGGUUAUGAACCACUGCUUUUCUCUUCAAGAUGUUUCAAGCAUGAGGGAUGCAAUCAAGAAGCACUUUGACUGGGAUGAAUCACGAAGUGAGAGUGACGUAGAAGGGGGAACAUUUAGUCAAUUUUCAGAGCGCGCUCCCAAAGAACAGUCGUAUUUACCUAUUGUUACUGCUUGGAAUUGCUACAAAAUGGAAGAAACUCAGCUUGGUCUGAGAGAAGAAAGUGAACAACUGAAAGAUGAAUUGGCAAAUAUGGAAUCAGCAAACAAGGACUUGGAAAGGAGACUCCAGUCAGAAAUUUAUAAGAGUGAACCUUUGGUGAUCCAACUUCAAGAAUCAGAGAAAACUACAAAAUCAUUGCAAACAGAGUUACAAACUUCAAAGGAAUUGAAGGGCAUGCUUGACAAACAAAUUGAGAAUCAUAAGCUGGGAAAUGGAGACCUCGAUACACAGCUCACAGUUGAAUUGAAUGAGGUAUUACAAAGUUUUUCAUCUCGAGAAACAGAACUGGAGAAUAAAAAUAAUUGCUGUGAAGAAUUGGACAACGCAUGUCCUGACCUAAAGCUUCAGCUAGGAAGUGUUACAAAGAAAGAAAUCCCAAAGCAUGAUGUGGAUCAAGAAGAAAAAAAACUUCAAACUGACUGGGAAAUCACAGCAGCUUCCGAAAAGUUGGCAGAGUGCCAAGAGACCAUCCUAAACCUGGGAAAGCAGUUGAAGGCAUUGGCUGCACCAAGAGACGCAGCACUUUUUGACAAGCUCGUCUCGGACAAUGUUACCACAACCACCACCCUGAUGAAAAAGUCCUCUCUGCUCGAUAAAAUGCUGGCCGAGGAUAACGCUGAAGCUGGAGAGCGUAAAUUUCCCAAGGCAAAUGACAUUGUUUACAUUUCAGACCUUGAAACCCCUGCUCUUCUAGAUGGCAGUCCAGGUUCUGCGUUUCACCCCAAUGGAACAACAAAUCCUCAAGAAAGCUUUCUUCGCGAAAAUGGGAUUAAACAUGAUGACAACGAGGCCUUAAGUGGUUCUCUGGCUAUUGUGCCUAGUAAGAAAAAGGGCGGUGGAGGAUUUUUGAAAAAGCUGUUAUGGAGAAGAAAGAAAGGUAAUAGCAAAAAAAUGACCCUCUCAAAAUAAGGAAAUUUGCAUUGAUUGAUUUAUUGCUUGUUUGGAGUGAAAAAUAAUAUGAUUCGACACCGCUUAGUUAUCGGGGAGAGAGGGUAUGAAGGAAAUUUGCAUUGUUUUUGUGUGUACUACUGUUUUGUAUAUGUAAAUGAAACCAAAAGGAGUGAGAAUUUUAAUGUGAAUUCAAAAGUUUGUAGUUUACACAAAUGUAUCUUAUCAUACCUUCUAAA